AUGUAUGGAGUUUGGGUGUUCAAGAAUAAUGGUGGAGCCAUUCGGAGAAAGGCUUUGGUGCACUUGCCUACACGCCAGACGGUAUCAUCUUACUGCUCUCUUGAGGAUAUCUUGAAAGGUUUGGGAUGGGAGAGGUAUUAUGGUGGCGAUCCCGACCCCUACCAAUUCCACAAGCAAUCUUCUAUUGACUUAAUCUCUCUUCCUAAGGACUUUUCCAAGUUCAAUUCCGUUUACAUGUACGAUAUUGUCAAUAAAAACCCUAAUGUUUUCCACGUCAGAGACAU